AUGAAUAGAGGUCUUGUUAAGAUUUGGCAGCUUCUGUUCCUAUUGGAAUGCAUCAAAAAUUCUAUGGAGGCUAAAUACGAAUUCGUUAUGGAGGAUGAGAAUAUAUUCACGGCUUGCACUGACGAAGCACCGGAAACAUUGGACAUCAAGGGUUUAUUUGAUUUUUCUAAUAACACCUUCGACAUGAACGAAAGUGGUGUGACACUUUCCGGAAAUAAAACUGUAAUUUGGGAUAUCCAGCCAUCCGACAGGGUAGAGCUUGCUGCAAGCAUACUGUAUUUCGAUCGCGGUACCUGGCAACCAACCACGCUAAAUUUAAAGGUCAAGGACUUUUGCAAGGCCAUGUUUGACAAAAAUCAGCUCUGGUAUGACGCUUAUUCCAAACACAUAAUAAAUACCGCAGAGAUAAAAGAAAAAUGUUUCCGAGUGAAAGGGGCCGUAAUCAUGCUAGAAACUUAUUCGGUUGAUUUCAUAAUGUCUACUGGAUUUCCAUUGAAGAACGGUCGCUACACGAUUCGAUUUAGGUACACCGCAUUCGACGCAAAUGAAGUGAAACGUCCAAAUGAAAUCUGUUUUGAAAUCAAAGGUGUUUUUAAUAAAUUAAACAAAUGAAAGUAUCCAUUCUCUUUAAUGACAUAUAAUUAUAU